GCGGCCGGGCUCGCGCAGGCGCGGUGCCGGCUGCUCCGGGCCGUUGCACUGCGAGGAGCAACCGCGCAGGAUCCCAGCCAGUGUGAACUGGGCGCUUCUACGUGAGGUCAUGCAGAGAACAUCGCGCCUGAAGCGAGAGCUGAGCCUGCUGGCUGCCGAGCCGCCCCCAGGCAUCACGUGCUGGCAGAACGGGGACCGGAUGGAAGACCUGCGUGCGCAGAUACUAGGUGGAGCCAACACACCUUAUGAAAAAGGUGUUUUCAAGCUGGAAGUUCACAUUCCAGAGAGGUACCCAUUUGAACCUCCUCAGAUCCGAUUUCUGACUCCAAUCUAUCACCCCAACAUCGACUCUGCUGGACGGAUUUGUCUAGACGUUCUCAAGUUGCCACCAAAAGGUGCCUGGAGACCGUCCCUCAACAUCGCAACCCUGCUGACUUCUGUUCAGCAGCUCAUGGCCGAGCCCAACCCAGAUGACCCGCUCAUGGCUGACAUCUCCUCAGAGUUUAAAUACAAUAAGCCAGUCUUCCUCAAGAACGCCAUGCAGUGGACAGAGAAGCAUGCGCGGCAGAAGGUAGACGAGGAAGGGAUGCCUGGCAGUGCCCCCGAGGCGGGUGGCUCAGAGGGACCCAGCGCCGCACAGAAGAGGAAAGCUGGGCAGCUGAGCGGUGGUGGAAAGAGGUUUUGCCCUGACGUUUAGGGAUUGUCCUGGCCUGUCUUUGCCGGGAUGGUCCAAUUUGCCUACAUUUCUGGAAUGUUUUCUUUGUACUUGAUGAUGUGAUUUUUGUAUCCUGUGAAACAGACCUUGUAUAUUUAUGUGUUCUGCUCUACAUUGAUUCUCGGAGAGUUAUUUACCUUGUGCAUAUUGAUUUUAAAACUUUUAAGCCUGAAAAAUAAAUAGUCAUUUAAUGUUGAA